UGGGCGCUGCCUGGGCGACUUUUCAUUGAGAGAGCACUUUUUCAAGUUUUUGCACUUUCUUGGCUUUGUGCGAGCUUCUAGAGAGUCGAAAAGUGAAAAGCACCCUCGCGUCUUCAACUUGGGCCGCCACUUUGGAAGAGCUCACACGAACUCAUGCAGGAGAUAGGUUCUGUAUACUGUAUACAGUAGGUCCGCAUACACUGGCAUCCAGAGUGCCAUGGUAAGCAUGCUCUGCUAAUGACAGGGAGGAACAAAGGGUGAAAGCAGGCCCCUGCUUCUUGGCUAGGAUGGACACGACUUUCGCUUUCUGGCCUGUCGAUUACAACCGCACAUUCCCUCAGUACACGUGUCAAUGGCAUCCCUGUGGGGAGUUGAGCCCCCAGCCGCCUGUUGUGCACACAUGUGGCUCUCAGGGGAAGGGGGAGGAGGCAUGGGAGGACAGCGACCGGCGCAGCGGCAGCUCUGACGCAGGCGAGCCCAGCUCUAGUGACUCCAGUGCAACGUCGUCAGGAGCCUUUGAGUGGCCCCCUUACAGCCACCCACGCUGGGAGGCAUCCAGGCUGCACGCCGCGCCUCCUCAUGGGGCUGCGCGAAGGUCGUGUCCCUUCCCUGAUUUGCAGGGUGAUCCCCCCUGCCCAUGCGAGGAAAUAACAGCAAAGCGGCUGCACAGUGAUGGCUGGCAAGGGGCCAAAAUGCGGCACAGUUGGGAUGCCCUGUGGGCCCCCUCAGAUCCGAGUGUCAGCAGUGGAGGUGCGCAGCAGGGGCUGGCGGAUAGGUUAGCGAGCAAACGGGAGGUGCAGCAAGCAAGAGAGCCUGCAGAGCCCCCUGCGCUGGCGCCAGGCUGGCAGCGGGACCUGGGCUGCCUGGCCCAGUGGGCGCGCGAGGCCGCCUCCCUGGCCGGCCGCACCGCCAUGGCCCCUGAACCCCCCCUCUCUCCUAGCUGCUCUGCGCAAUCUCCUCGUCCGCCGCACCAGGCUGCCACGUUGAGCGGGAGGCACAAGAGAUUCUCCUCCGGGGCGCUUGCGCACUCUCCCGUCAGUGACGUCGUCUCUCCAGUCCCCUCUUAUCGCUCUCCCCGAGCCCGGCGCCAUGUAGCCCGCCUCUCGGAGCCGGGACAACCGCAUCCAUCCGCGCCUGGAAUCGCGACGAGAGGCGUCUCGUGCAGCGAGAAGUGCGCUCUGUGCAACGAUCUUUUGGACCUGAACCGCGCGCUCUACAGGACGGACUGCGGCGUGCUCUGCCAUCUGCAGUGCGUGCGCGUCGAGAGGAACCAGUCCCCACUGAUGUGCCGCUUCUGCGGGCGAGCUGACCAAUGGUUGUUGUCCUCGCCUCACCGGCCAGAGCCUGUAGGUGUGCAUUAGACCCACAAUGAGAUGGGGACCUAACCUGUCCACUAACCAAUAGGACUGGCGAUGGUAGCAGCAUCUGGCUUGGAGCAAAAAGUUAAAAGUUGAAAUAGGUGCGACAGCCCAUCGCUUUGUAACAUACGUAAACCAUACCAACCAGUGGCAACAUGUAAAUUCAAGCUAGUCACAGACAAUAUAGUCAUUGUAGGCAUGUGCACGCAGAAGUUUCAAUAGGAUUUUGAGAUUGACGAGGACAAGCUUGUGCUUGAGAAUACGAAACAAACACGAUUACGUCAUUUAUUGGAGCAUAAGAGCAACAUUUAACACCAAAAAUGGACAGCAUGCGCUGUUAAGGGUCAGCCCUAUGAGGGGAAACAUCAAGACGAUGAUAUGAAUCAAGUCGGCGCAAGGGCUAUUACUUAUGAGCAACUCCUGUGGUGAUCGUUGUGAGUGCUUGUGGACAUCAUACUGUUCAGUAAAGUAAGGGUGUAGUAGCUUGCACCUUGCAACCCCUUCAAUAGGCCUG